GAUUCCGCAGUUGAGCGAGAUGUGGAGUCUCUAGUUGGCGAGAUCAGUACCUUGCGUUUGUGUGCCAUUUCGCAUGAGCCUUUGGGUUUAGAGGCGGUGGAUCAGGCGGAUCUACUUAGCAGGAUCAGAGUUGCUCAGCAGAGUGAUCAGAGUUUGCUAGAUGCGACGAGAGUGACUGGUUCUGAGUAUGAGGUCUCUGCGAAUGGGACUAUCUUGGUUCGUGGGCGAGUUUGUGUGCCUAAGGAUGUGGAGUUGAGACAUCAGAUUUUGGGAGAGGCUCACGCGAGCAAGUUUUCCAUUCAUCCGGGAGCGACCAAGAUGUACCAUGACCUCAAGAGGUACUAUCAUUGGGUCGGGAUGAAGAGGGAUGUAGCAGAUUGGGUUGCGAAGUGCAACACUUGUGCCUUGGUGAAGGCAGAGCAUCAGGUUCCGGGUGGUCUUUUGCAGAGUUUACCCAUUCCCGAGUGGAAGUGGGAUAGGAUUACGAUGGAUUUCGUGGUUGGACUACCUGUUUCGAGGACUUUCGAUGCUAUCUGGGUGAUUGUGGAUCGGUUGACUAAGUCUGCACAUUUCUUGGCCAUCAAGAAGACAGAUGGAGCUGCUGUCUUGGCUAGGAAGUUUGUGCGAGAGAUUGUGAGGCUGCAUGGAGUGCCAGCUAGUAUUGUGUCAGACCGUGAUCCCAGAUUCACUUCAGAGUUUUGGAGGGCGUUUCAGGCAGAGAUGGGCACUAAGGUGCAUCUGAGUACAGCUUAUCAUCCGCAGACAGAUGGUCAGUCAGAGAGGACUAUUCAGACUUUGGAGGAUUUGCUGAGGAUGUGUGUGUUGGAUUGGGGUGGCCAUUGGGCAGAUCACCUGAGCUUAGUUGAGUUUGCAUACAACAACAGCUUUCAGGCGAGUAUUGGCAUGGCUCCAUUUGAGGCUUUGUAUGGGAGGCCAUGUAGGACACCCCUAUGCUGGACCCAAGUGGGGGAGCGCAGCAUGUAUGGAGCUACUUAUGUUCAGGAGACGACAGAGAAGGUUCGUGUUGUGAGGCUGAACAUGAAGGAGGCUCAGGAUAGGCAGAAGAGUUAUGCAGAUAGACGCAGACGAGAGCUUGAGUUUCAGGUUGGAGAUAGAGUUUAUCUCAAGAUGGCUAUGUUGAGGGGUCCUAACAGAUCCAUAGCAGAGAACAAGCUGAGUCCGCGAUUUAUGGGUCCGUUUCCAGUAGUGGAGCGAGUUGGGCCAUUGGCUUACAGGCUGGAGUUGCCUGAGAUUAUGAAAGCCUUUCACAAGGUUUUUCAUGUGUCGAUGCUGAGGAAGUGUCUUCACCCUACAGAGGAGUUAGUGGCUAGGAUUCCAGAGGAUCUUCAGCCAGAUUUGACAGUGCCGGCAGUGCCUAUGAGGAUUUUAGAGAGGAGGGAAAAGGUUCUGAGGAACAAGAGGAUUCCCUUACUGAGGAUUUUGUGGGAUUGCAGUGGUUCUACAGAGGAGACUUGGGAGCCAGAGGCAAAGAUGAAGUUGAAGUUCAGGAAGUGGUUCGACAAGCAGGUCGAGGAGUGA